GUGGCGUGUUUAUGUGGCGUGAUAGUUCGUCUCCCAAUAAAUCACUGAUUUCAUCCCGAUUUUGUCGCCCGAUCGGCCAGAUCUUUACUUAUACCUCUUCGUUAUAUGUUUCAUAAGUUGUCUGUACAGAUUACAUAAGGUACCAUCAUGUCCGCCAAGGCUGUCUGGGAAAUCACUGCCAAAGAUUUAUUCAAUAAAUACCUGGGUCAUCCUGACACGAUCCAAAACAAAUCAGCUGAAGUAAAAGAAGAUACUCAGUUUGAGAAUUUGUCAUUGGAACACCCGUGGCUGCUGGCUGAAAAAUUGAUUGUGAAACCUGACCAGCUGAUCAAGAGACGUGGCAAGCUCGGGCUGAUCAAAGUUAAUGCUGAUUAUGCUGAAGUCAAAGAAUGGCUGAAAGGGAAAUUGGGUCUGGAUUUCAAGAUUGGUGUGUCGACUGGGAAGCUGAAGCAUUUCAUCAUCGAGCCAUUUGUAGCACAUCAACAGGAAGAAGAGUUUUACGCCUGUAUCUACUCCUCCCGUGACUCGGACACAAUCCUCUUCCACCAUGAAGGAGGUGUUGACGUCGGUGACGUGGACGCCAAGGCCGUUAAGAUGGAGAUACCGGUCGGGAGUGAUGAGGUCACUGCAGCUGAUAUCAAGGCCAAGUUGUUGGGACAGGCCCCGGAUGAUAAGAAGGAAGUUCUGUCCACAUUCAUUGAGGCACUCUACAAGCUUUUCGUUGAUCUUCACUUCACAUAUCUUGAGAUAAACCCAUUGGUUGUGACCAAAGGAAAGGUGCACAUCCUUGAUGUUGCCGCCAAGAUCGACCAGUGUGGCGAAUAUUUGUGCAAACAGAAGUGGGGAGAGAUUGAGUUCCCACCACCGUUUGGGCGGGAAGCGUACCCUGAGGAAGCCUAUAUUGCCGACUUGGAUGCAAAAAGUGGAGCAUCACUGAAAUUAACAGUCCUGAAUCCUAGAGGACGGAUAUGGACCAUGGUGGCUGGAGGGGGUGCCUCUGUCAUCUAUGCUGAUACUAUCUGUGACAUGGGAGGUGCUGCUGAGUUAGCCAACUACGGUGAAUACAGUGGCGCCCCUAGUGAGCAACAGACAUAUGAAUACGCCAAGACGGUCCUCGGUUUGAUGACAAAGAUCAAGAGGGGAGAAGCACACAACAUUGACCCUGUCACUAAUAUCAGUGAAUAUGUUAAACGCGGUAAAGUGCUCAUCAUUGGAGGUGGUAUUGCCAACUUUACCAACGUCGCUGCCACAUUCAAGGGCAUUGUACGAGCUCUAAAAGAAUUCAAAGACAAACUCAUCGAUCACCAAGUGUCCAUCUUUGUCAGACGAGGUGGUCCGAAUUAUCAGGAAGGUCUCCGAGUUAUGAGUGAGCUCGGUGAAAACCUCGGCGUCCCGAUCCAUGUUUAUGGCCCCGAGACCCAUAUGACGGCCAUUGUCGGCAUGGCCCUGGGUAAGAGGUUGGUCCUGCCGAAGCCAGAGGCCACACAGACGACCGCUAACUUCUUGCUGUCUGGAGCGACUGCAGCUGCAGGAGCAGGAAGCCGCAAGAAUUCCGAACUUGAACCCACGUCUCCAAGCCGCAAAAUCUCUUCAAAUAAUUCUGCAGCGACGCCAGCGUCAGGUGACAGUACGAGCAGCAGUAACCCCAACAAGACAUUCACCAAUCGUACGAGGUGUAUCAUCUGGGGCAUGCAGCCUCGUGCCGUCCAGAGCAUGAUGGAUUUUGAUCACGUCUGCCGGAGGAAGGAGCCGUCAGUUGCAUGCAUGAUUUACCCAUUCACAGGUGAUCACAAGCAGAAGUUCUACUGGGGCCACAAGGAGAUUCUGCUGCCUGUCUACAAGAACAUGGAUGAUGCGAUGAAGAAACAUCCUGAUGCUGACGUUCUCAUCAGCUUUGCCUCAUUGCGAUCAGCAUACGAGAGUACUCUUGAGGUCAUGACAUAUCCACAGAUCAAAACUAUUGCCAUAAUCGCUGAAGGCAUCCCAGAGAACUUGACGAGAAAGAUCAACAAAUUGGCUGUAGACAAGGGCAUCUGUAUCAUAGGACCUGCUACUGUCGGGGGAAUCAAACCUGGUUGUUUCAAGAUCGGCAACACUGGAGGUAUGAUGGAUAAUAUCCUCGCUUCAAAACUCUACCGCCCUGGCAGUAUUGCCUACGUGUCACGAUCUGGCGGCAUGUCCAAUGAACUGAACAACAUCAUCGCACUCAAUGCCAAUGGUGUCUACGAGGGUGUCGCCAUUGGAGGUGACAGGUACCCAGGGACGACGUUCAUGGACCACAUGGUGCGUUACCAUGACGAUCCAGCUGUCAAGAUGAUUGUUCUGUUAGGAGAGGUUGGGGGAACAGAAGAAUAUAAGAUCAUCGAGGCGAUCAAAAGUGGCCGUCUGCAUAAACCACUCGUGGCCUGGUGCAUUGGGACGUGUGCCAAGAUGUUCACUUCUGAGGUGCAGUUUGGUCAUGCGGGCUCGUGUGCCAAUGCAGAUGCCGAGACGGCCACAGCUAAGAAUGUUGCAUUGAAGGAGGUGGGAGCCCAUGUCCCCGACAACUUCGACGAGCUCGGAGACGUGAUAAAACAAGUGUAUGACAAGUUACUAGAAGAGGGUGUUGUCGUUCUGCAGGAAGAGAUUCCACCGCCCGCUGUCCCCAUGGAUUAUAACUGGGCCAGGGAGCUCGGCAUCAUCAGGAAACCCGCCUCGUUUAUGACGAGUAUCUGUGACGAGCGGGGCCAGGAGCUGCUCUACGCUGGCAUGCCCAUCACAGAGGUGUUCAAGGAGGACAUGGGCAUUGGAGGUGUACUCUCACUUCUCUGGUUCCAAAGAAGACUGCCAAAGUGGGCCUGUAAAUUCAUUGAGAUGUGUCUGAUGAUAACCGCAGACCAUGGACCAGCCGUGUCUGGAGCCCACAACACUAUCGUCUGCGCCAGGGCUGGCAAAGACUUGAUCUCAUGUCUUGCCUCUGGACUUCUCACAAUUGGAGAGCGAUUUGGAGGUGCCCUGGACGAUGCUGCCAGGCAGUUCAGUGAGGCGUACGACUCGAACCAGAUCCCUAUGGAGUUUGUCAACAGCAUGAGGAAGAAAGGACAACUUAUUAUGGGCAUCGGACACAGAGUCAAGUCGAUCAAUAAUCCCGACAUGAGGGUUGAGAUUCUGAAGAAGUUUGCCAGUGAGAAUUUCCCAUCAACGCCUCUGCUGAAUUAUGCAUAUGAAGUGGAAAAGAUUACCACAUCCAAGCGGCCCAACCUUAUCCUAAAUGUUGAUGGCUUCAUUGGCGUUGCCAUGGUCGAUCUACUUAGAAUUUGUGGGUGCUUCACAACGGAGGAGGCGCGAGAGUUUGUAGAAGUUGGUGCCCUGAACGCCCUCUUUGUACUGGGCAGAAGUAUGGGAUUCAUCGGCCACUACUUGGACCAGAAGCGGUUAAAACAAGGUCUCUACCGACAUCCAUGGGAUGAUAUAUCAUAUGUGUUGCCGGAGGUAUAUGGAGGACAAAACACCGAGUAAAUCAUUACAACGUGUUGCUAUAGCAACAAACAAUUGACAAGGUCAUUAUUUGGACCAAAAACGACUAAAACAAGGACUUUAUCGGCAUCCAUGGGAUGACAUCUCCUACGUCAUGCCCGAACUCUAUCAAGAUGAAGAUCAUGUGUAGAACUUCUAGUCAGAAAAAUUGUGCUAAAUUGCAGGAAUAUUGUGAAAUUGAUUCAACAUUGACCACCAUAACAGGGACCAAAAGGUUUCUUUCAAUUCAAGGGAUCUGUGGUGAAAAUGUGGAUUGUUCCUAUGACAUUCUGACAAUUUGAGAUGUUGGGUAAAUUUCUCAAAACCUUGUUCCUAGGUGCAAAUAUUUGGUAGUGUGCUACAGAGGUCUUCUCUGCUUCUGUCCCUUGAUGAAUAUUGGAGCAGUAAUGACCCGUUAAAAUGUAUAAUUGUGUUCUAAAAUUAGACUUGUUUGUACCUGACAGUUUUCUGAUAGGUUGAGUUGUGAAAUAUCACCCCUGUAAUGGAAGGGUAAAGCAAUGAUGGAGGGUGCCAGAAUCCUUGCACCUGUCCAGCAGUACAUAGUACAUUGAACAAAUAGGUGUUAUUUGGUGCCAGUAGAUGUAGACAUUGUUUUGCAGUUAUAAUUUGAGUAAUUAGUGAAUUCAGUAGGGCAGGGUAACCUACUUAAAAAAUAUCCUGUCUAGUUUCCAGUUAAUUAUGUUAAUCGGCCGUGUGAUUGCGUUGGAUUGAUUUCUGAGUGUAGUGAUAGAAUGUUCUAAAAAGCCUGAUAAGUACCAGUAACUACAGGUAUUGACAUUUCAUGUAAGACAUUAUACAAUACUCUUGCAUGCAAGAAGUGAAAAAAAUAGACAUUAGACUAAGGUUGUCGGAGUGGCACAGUGUAACAUCUGAUGUCAUGGGUUUGAUUCUCUGUUGGUCCCGACACACUCAAGGGAUAGAGAGGGUGACUCUCUUCAACGGUAUAGGUUCUCCAGAUAUAUGUUAGUUUUUUUAAAGUGGGAAACAUAUCAGAUAGUAGCGAAAUAUUAGUGAAACCACGUUGAAAUGCAUUGUGAAAAUGAUGUACUAGUUAGCAAAUGCACCACAUGUAUAAGGGAAAGGUUGUUUACAAAAAUAUAGGAAUAGAAAUCAGUGUUGUCCUUAGGCUAUCAAAAUCGUAGGAAUCGUCCAAAUUCUAGAUGUUCACUAUGCAUGUUGUCCACAAAACAGUUCAGCCACAUUCAGCCUCAUCUGAUUGUGGUCCAAAAUAUGC